UUAGUAGUUAGUUAUACUAAGUUGAAGUGACUAAAUUUGUAAUAUAUAAUAAAUGCCGUAUUGAUUUACUUAUGUAUAUACAUAUUUAGUUAGAAGGUAGCAAUAAUAUUAAGGCAUGCAUGCAUACAUAAAUAUAUCAAGGGGUAUCAGUAGUUGUCAUGUAAUGUUAUACUAAAUUUUGCAUGAUAAUUAAUUUGGUAAACAGACUACGUCUCACUAAAAAGUUUGUUAUAUUUGUUAUAGCUCCGCAACCGCAAAACCCGCUAGAGAAUCCCAACGGCCAUUUUCUUCGCAACCGUCCAAAAUAUGAUAUUACCUCCCUAAAUCCUCCGCUAUCACCACCCAUUCCACCAUUUUCUCUUCUACACCCAAAUUUUCCAGGAAAAUCAAAUCCCACCUAAUAAUUUAUGAUCUAUCUCUCUAGCUUACAAGACAUAAACAAAUUUUGAUUAUAAAAAAAAUAGAAAAGCACAAAUGCCAAGCAAGCUCAGGAAGGCACUCGGGGCAGUGAAGGACCAAACGAGCAUUAGCCUAGCUAAGGUCUCGAGUGGUUCCAAAUCCAAAUCCAAAUCUAAAUUCAAAGCCAAUGGCAAUGGCAAUGCACUCAACCUUGAGGUUCCCAUCUUGAAAGCCACUUCUCAUGAUGAGAUACCCUUGGACGAAACUCGUUACCUUAACGAUAUUCUCCAAGUUAUCUCCACCGAUAAACUCUACGCCGCCGCUUGUGCUCAGGCCAUUGCCAAAAGAGUCGGCAGGACCAAAAACUGGAUCGUCGCUCUCAAAUCUCUCAUGCUUGUUCUUCGAAUCUUCCAACACGGCGAUCCAUAUUUCCCCAAGGAAGUUUCUCACGCCAUGAAAAAUGGCGCCAAGAUCCUUAACCUUUCUAAUUUCCGUGAUGAUUCGAAUUCCAGCCCCUGGGAUUACACUGCUUUCGUACGGACGUUCGCUCUUUACCUUGACGAGAGGUUGGCUUGCUUUCUCUCCGGGAAGCUUCAUCUCCGCCGGAACCUCUCCGAUGGAAGCAGCCGUGGAGGUCGGCAUCCGAAGGUUGAGCUCAUCCGGGAUAUGUCCCCAGCGACUCUGAUCGACCGCAUUUCGAACUGGCAGAGAUUACUGGACCGGGUGAUCGCCACUAAACCGACCGGCGAUGCCAAGACGAACCGCUUGGUUCAGAGCUCGCUUCAUGCAAUUGUUCAAGAGAGCUUUGAUAUUUACAGAAAUAUGUCUGAUGGAUUAGCUCUUCUUCUCGAUAGUUUCUUCCAUUUACAGUACCAAUCCUGCGUCAACGCUUUCCAAGCUUCUGUAAGGGCUUCGAAGCAAUUCGAAGAGCUCUCUGAAUUUUAUGGCCUCUGUAAGAGCAUCGGCGUCGGAAGAACCUCUGAGUACCCGAGCGUACAGAAAAUCUCCGGCGAGUUGGUUGAGACAUUGCAAGAAUUUCUGAAAGAUCAAGCUUCAUUUACCGGUAGAUCGCCCCCAUCUCAAUUGCUCCUAGCGCCACCGCCAACCAACGAGCAUACUUCAAUCUCCACAACUUCAGAUAGGUCCUCCCAUGGGGAAUCGGAAUCUGUAUCUAUUCGCUCUUCAAUUGAUCGUUAUCAGGAACCGAUGAGUGCUACAAAUUCAGAUGAAACAGAGGAAGAUUGUUUCGACGCUGAAGAUAAUCAGGAAUCAAACACAGAUUCGAACGAAUUCUCCUUCAAUUACACACCUUCACUGGAGAAUCAAGAUGAAGAAUUGGGAAUCGAUUCAAGAGAAAAAGAUUGUUGGGAGCUUGUGCUGGUGAAUACCGCGAAAGAGUCUGAUCAAACGACAACGGGUUUUGAUAUUUUAUUCGAUAAACGACAAUACAAUCCGUUUCUUGUUGAAACGACAGACGUAGUGCCUGUCGUUCCUAGUCCCCUUAGUAACGAUAUUAACCGUAAUCCUGAGAAAACGACAUUAACAGCUGCAACGUUUGGGGAAGAAGAGAUUUCGAGUUGGAUUCCUCCAACUUUUUGUGCACACAAUCCAAAUGGGGGUCUCAGUUUAUUUUGCAACGAUCCAUUUGAAUCAACAAAUCCUCAGCUCACUACUACUGAUUUGAGAAAUGGGUCAGUGAAUGAGCUAAAUUUCGUCUUUGAACAAAAAUUGUGGUUGGAGCAGCAGAAGAAGAUUAUCGCAAAGAAUGAGUUGAAUAACUCAUGUGUGUAAUUAUAUGUACAGGUUUUUGAUGCGUUAUUUUUUGUUUACGCUAGUUUGCUCUUUUUCAUAAGAAA